AUGGAAGAAAGCGAAGAUGUGCCAAAAGAUUUUAUCAAGCUCAAGUCUGAAAAGCUCUCUGUAGAUGAAGUGUCAGAGCUGGUCGUUUCACCAUACUGUGGGGCAGUGUCUCUGUUCAUUGGUACUACAAGAAAUAAUUUUGAAGGAAAAAAAGUGAUCCACUUAGAAUAUGACGCAUAUACUUCAAUGGCAGAGACUGAAAUAAAGAAAAUCUGCAGAGAUGUUAGACAGAAAUGGCCUUCAGUCAAACAUAUUGCAGUGCACCAUAGACUUGGUGUGGUUCCAAUAACUGAAGCAGGUGUAAUUAUUGCAGUCUCCUCUCCACACAGAGCAGAAUCCCUUGAAGCUGUAAUGUACUGCAUCAAUACCUUAAAAGCAUCUGUCCCGAUAUGGAAAAAGGAGAUUUAUGAGGAUGAAUAUUCUUGGAAAGAAAACAAGGAAUGCUUUUGGGCAAAUUCAGAAAAAUAAUUGUACUCUUUCAAAAAUAAAGUGUUACUCUUCCUGAUGA